AUGGCUCCAAGAAGAAAUAGGCUUAGUAGGGCUGAAUACAAGAAAAUAGCUAAGCUCAAAGAAUUAAAUUUGAAUAAAAUUGUUCAAAAAACUAUUAAAAUCGACACAAUGUUCAAAAAAUCAGGUAUGGUUAGUAAGUCUGCUGAACCACCUCAAACUGGCCUUACAUCUCUUUGUAAUAAUUUGGAUACUGAACCUUCAUGUAUUGAACAGAGCAAUAUUUCCUUAGAAUCAAAAUCCAGUGAAAUAGUCAAUCCUGAAACAUUUCAUUCUCAAGCAUUAGUUGUAUACAAUGAAAAAUCUGUCGAACAACCUCAAGCUGGCAUUACAUCUCUUUGUAAUAAUUUGGAUACUAAAACGUCGUGUUUAGAACAGUCAGAGCAUAUUAAUAUUUUAUUAGAACUAAAUUCUAUUGAUAUACCUGGUGUACUGACUAGAGUUUGUUCGGUUCUUAAAAGUUUGGCAAGACACGGAUUGUCAUUUAGAGGUGAUUUCGAAAAGUUUGGAUCGUCUACUUCAAACACUGGCAAUUUUAUUAUGAUGAUGGAAUUACUAGCAGAGUAUGACCCACUUUUAUCAGAACACAUAUCUAAGUAUGGUAAUCCUGGUAAAGGUAAUACUUCCUAUUUAUCAUUUUCUACUUAUGAACAAUUCAUUAAAAUCAUGUCUGAAAAAGUCAUUAAUACCAUAGUUGAUGAAAUUAAAACAUCAAAAUAUUUUUCUAUCAGCAUAGACUCCACUCCAGAUAUAUCACACACUGACCAACUAUCUUUCGUUAUCAGGUAUGUACUAUCGAACGGUGAGCUAAUUGAAAGAUUUAUUGGUUUUUUAGAGAAUGUUGGACAUAAAUCAGAAAAUCUAGCAGAAUCAGUUUUAUCAGUUUUAAAAAAAUAUAAUUUAGAUGUUUAUUAUUUGAGAGGUCAAUCUUUUGACAACGCUAAAACAUGUCUGCUGACCUUAAGAAAAAGCCAGGUUCAAGAAAGACAAAAAGUCUUGGAGAGGAUAAUUGAAACAAUUAAAACCAUUGGAAAACGAGGAAUGAGUUACAGGGGAACACAAAGCGAAGUAUCUCAAUCUUUAAGUAACACAAAUAUUGACCAUGGAACAUCUCUAGAACUAAUUUUACUGAUAAGCAAGUUUGAUCCUAUCUUAAAAUCGCAUUAG